AUGGGAAUGUCCACCUGGGUCUCUGCAGGAGAGAGACCUACAAGUAACGAACUCGCCACAAUCUCAUAUUGGCGAUCAGUUGAGGAUAUCCACAACUUUGCACUCUCGCCGGUCCACCGUGAAGCCUGGAACUGGUGGAACGAGACGGUCUCAAAGCACAAGCACGUUGGCAUCAUGCAUGAAGUGUUUGCUUUGCCGGAACGUCAAGGUUGGGAGGGCAUUUAUAUCAACUACCAGCCUACCGGUCUUGGAAUGACGACCAAGGCAGUCGAGUCACCCGAGAAGGGAGGUCAAAAGCUGUGGAUUAAUCCCAUCGUUGAUGCCAGCCGCGGUGUCUACCGAUCAAGCCGUGGCCGAAUGAACAGGGGGGAUCCCGAGGGCAAGAGCAACGACAGCGUCAUCGCCAAACAUCCUUAUACCUCAGCUGUUCUCAUGCAGUAA